AUGGAGAAGGAUGAUGUGGAAUCUCCACGUAAGCGACAGAAGACCGAAGAUGUGGUCUCAAAUGAGGUCGCUGUCGCCGUUAGUGGCGCAACUGAGACUACUGCAGUCUCCGAUGCGCAGGCUCUGAAGGAAGGCGAGGUCGGUAUCACAGAGUUUGUGAGCAACGACAGCGAAGGAUUCUCGGGUAUCCUGAAAAAGAGGCAAGAUAUCCCAUACACGGAUUUCAUGGUCAACGAGAUCAUGACCUCCGGCGAAGUUGUCCACCUCCGAAGCCUCAAUGCGCCCAUCAAGCCCGACAAGUCUGCGCCUACUGCAGCAGAGCCCACGCCUGUGCUAAAAGCCCCAGAGGCGGAAAUCCAGGCUACAGAGCAAACUCAGAGUACCCCGGUCAAGGAGGCGGAAACCCCAGCUGAGUUCAAGGUUUCGGAAGAGGACCACACUCUUCUGGAAGAAUACCUUGGCCCUCUGAACGCCGCCGAAAUAAUUGCACUCCACAAGAUUGCUAUGGCUAAGCCAAAGGGUCGACCCAGUGAAUUUGGAAACGUCACUGUUGCCGUGUCGGAUCGCGACCUUCGCACCAAAAUCCACCAGGCCAUACGUCGCAUUUUCAACUCUCAGCUAGAGUCUUCUACCGAUGCCGAUGGAAACAUGGCGAUCACCGCGGCAAACAACCGUUUCAAGCGCGGUGCGACCGCAGGACGGACUAAUGGCCGGAUGCAGGGCCACCGAACAAACUGGGAAGAACUCGGUGGGCCAUAUCUGCAUUUCACCAUCUACAAGGAGAACAAGGACACAAUGGAAGUCAUUGGAUACAUCGCUCGCUCAAUGAAGAUGAACCCAAAGAGUUUACAAUUCGCUGGAACCAAGGAUAGGCGGGGUGUGACCGUCCAGCGUGCCUGUGCGGUACGCGUUCAGGUCGAUCGCCUUGCACAGGUGAACUCAGAACUGCGUAAUGCUUAUAUCGGCGACUUCGAGUACCGCAAGCAAGGUCUGGAGCUGGGGGACUUGCAGGGCAAUGAGUUUGUGAUUACUCUGCGCGACGUUGAAAUUCCCGGCGUGAGUCUGAGUGACCCCAAGGCUGCAAUUUCCAAGGCCUCCGAGGUCGUCGGCGCCUCUCUGAAGAACCUCUACCGGCGAGGAUACUUUAACUAUUACGGUCUCCAGCGAUUUGGAACCUUCGCAACCCGGACAGACAUAGUCGGCGUCAAGAUGCUGCAGGGAGAUUUCAAGGGCGCAUGCGAUGCUAUUCUGCAGUAUGCUCCUGAAUCUCUUCAGGCGGCAAUGGAGGGGAAAAUGUCCACUGCUAACAUCGGCACUGAUGACAAGGAUCGCGCCAUGGCUAUUAACAUCUUCCAGACCGGCGGUAGCGUCACCGACGCUCUGCAGAAGAUCCCCCGCAAGUUCUCCGCUGAAAACAAUCUAAUCCGCCACCUCGGAAGGAACAGCAAGGAUUAUCUAGGUGCGCUGCAGAGCAUUCCCCGGAACCUCCGAUUGAUGUAUGUACACGCAUACCAGUCGCUUGUCUGGAAUUUUGCUGCAAGUGAGCGCUGGCGACUCUACGGCGACCGGGUAGUGGAAGGCGAUCUCGUCAUCAUCCAAGAGCACCGUGACAAGGAAUCUGCCUCUACGGUCGAGGCACCCGAGACAGUCGAUGCUGAUGGUGAAAUUAUUGUUGUACCUCAGGGUGAGGACAGUGCCGUUGCAGUCGAGGACAUGUUCAUGCGGGCACGUGCUCUGACGGCUGAAGAGGCAGCCAGUGGCAAAUAUACCAUUUUUGACCUGGUGCUUCCCCAGCCUGGAUAUGAUAUCAUCUAUCCCGAGAACGAAAUGAAGGAAUUCUAUCGUCGCUUCAUGGAAAGCGAGCAGGGUGGUCGCCUUGACCCGUCCAACAUGCGCCGCAAGUGGAAGGACAUCAGUCUUAGCGGAGGCUACCGCAAGAUCUUCAGCCGCAUGAUUGGUGACAAGUACUCUUUUGACGUGAAGCUUUAUGCCAAGGAUGAUCAACAGUUCGUUAAAACGGAGUUGCAAAAGCUGCAGUCCGAGGAUGAGAAUGCCGAUACCACCAUGACCGACGAGACCGCAGCUGACAAGCUGGCCGUUGUCUUGAAGUUCCAGUUGGGAUCAAGCCAGUACGCUACUAUGGCUCUUCGGGAGUUGACUCACGGCAAGGCCACAGCCCAUAAGGCUGACUUUGGCGGUGGAAGAUAA